AACUUUUAGGUGGACUUUUCUGACGUGCUAAUUAUUAAACUGUAAAAAUUUGGCGGGAAAGGUUGAACACCGCAAUGUCCAAUGGUGUAGAUAGCCUAGAAAAUGCACCCAGCAUAGAUGAAAACCCAACAGAAGAAAAUCCCAAUGGCAAUGAGACUCUAGUUUUGCAAUGUUCACAAUGUAGUUCAAUUGUUGGGGAUACAACCGCUUGGGCUUUUGCUGAUGAUGUAUUGAGGACUGUCAGUUUGAAAAAUGCAUCUGAAAAAGUUUUGAUUACAGAAGUCUUGGAAACAUCAAAGAAUGGCACAGAUUUCGGCAGUGCCUUUAAUGUGCUGAAAUGUGAAGUAUGUAAUGAAGAGAUUGGUCGAAUGUACAGGACAACACCAACUCAGCUGGAUCAUUUACGUGGCCUCUUCUCACUGUUUAUCGAUAAACUUACCAGUUACCAAGUUGGUUCAUGUUCACAGAACUGCCAAGCUGUGACCUUAGAUGACACUUUGUCUUUUGGAGAACUGAAAGAAAUGCACACCAAAUUAAAUAAGAUAAAGCAAGUACUGAUAUCUGUAGACGGUAGACUGAAACAUAUAGAGACAUUCCUUGAGGAGUAUGACGACCAACCAGAAAGUGUCCCCGAUGACAGUCACAAUAUCAAUCCUAUUGAAAUGUCUAGGAAAGAAGGCGGUUUUCACGCAUUUAUACCACCACAGCAACCAGAAACAGUUAGAAGACCAGAGACAGUGUCCAGGGAAAUGUACAAUUCUGGCGUGAUCUCAGAAAAUAAUGUUCAGUCAUACAAUGCAGGGAUGCUGUCAACAAAGGGUGCACAGAAAAGACCAGCGUUUAGGAAAUUAGAUGAUGGGAAUAGUAGUGUUUUUUCUAGAAGUGAUGAUCUUCUUCAGGAGACUGAUGAUGGACUUCAAUCCAGCUACAGAACAAGUCAGUCAUACAUGGAGACACUUAAAAGGAAGAAGAAUUCUGAUCCAAGGGCAGAUAAUUCAACUUACAAAAAUAAAAGAAGCAAAUAUUAGUCUGGGUACUAAAUGUUUAAGUGCUAGAAUGUCUAAAAUCAUAUAUUAUACCAUUGUAUUUAGAAAUACAAUAUACCAGAAAUGCUGGUGGGAACAUUUGAAUUAAUGAAAGGAGUAGGUUAGAUAUAAGGCCCUAGAAUGGCCCCUGAUUCUAGCUUAAAUUUGAAAUUAGGAUUUAUUGACCAAUGUCACAAUAAAUCAUAGCUAAUACAAUUACUAAAUAGGAAAAACAUGUACAUCUUUUUGUUGAAUAUUUACGUUCCUGCAUUCUAUUAAUGGUGUCACAAAUAGGACUCAUUUUGAUUUUCCGCGAAAAAUAAAUUCAAUGAAAACAGGUAAAUUAACAUUAUUUUUUGGACAGGAAACAUGGAGUGCAUGCAUUGACAAAAUAGAUCUUUUAAGAUAGUAUUUGUUAUGACAUUUUACAUAUCUGACUUGAAUAUUUAGUUUGUCACACCUGUGCUCUAUGUUUACUAUGCCUUAACUUGAUUGAAAUCCGGAUUAUUUUGUCCAAUUUUGCAAAAAUCUCUGUUUUUAAACCUAUUUGGGAUGUAAAAAUCAAUGCUUAAAAAUAAAACUUCUACAAAAAUAGCUCUAUUUAACCUUCUCACAUGACUUUUCAUCAACUUAAAACAUUUUUUAUCUUUAAACAUUGAACUUAAUAAUAGGAGCCAGAUAAUAGAGCUUACUCCUUUGAUAUGUAACAUUUUUAUGAAAUUUGAUAUUUGACAUUGUAUAUUUUAUCUUGUGAUAGAAUUGGUUGACAUGAAAAUACGUUAUUACCUUUAAGGAUGGACUACAAGUUUGAAAGUUAUGCACAUUUGCUUUGGUGGAGUAAAAUCAUUAUUUUUAUUCCCCACCUACAAUAGUAGAAGGGCAUUAAGUUUUCCAGUCUGUGCAUCUGUCUGUCUGUUUGUCCUGUAUCAGAUUAAAGGUUUGGGUUAAGGUAGUUUGUGGUUACAUCAAGUUGAUUCCCAGUUCAUUGUGAAGGUAUCUGUUAACAUAUAUGUCAUUAUAUGUUUAUGUCAAAUUAGGGUUUUGCCCCAUAUUUCAAGGGUUGUUUUAAUUGGGGGGUUUUUUUUUUGAGAAAGAAAGUGUAUCUGGAGUACUAUAAAAAUUUAUAUACUGAAAUUUCCAGUUUAAUAUAGUGCUCAACUCAAUCUGAUUAAAAAUUAAAAUCUUUAAUUGCUCCCAUUCUGAUAUUUGUGACAUAUCAAACGGGAGCAAUAAAAGGAUCUAAGCUAUAUUAAGUUGUGCUUUCCUUGGCUGUUAAGAUAGUUUUUGCAGCUGAUAUGAUGCUUCAUAAUAGAGCAAGCACUGGGAAUUGAAAAAAAAAAUAUGCAAGUGAAUUGUUGAUGAAUGGAUGUGUUCAUAGUGUGUCAAUAUUCUUGUAAAAAACCUUUAGAAAUUCUUUGCUAUGCAAGAUUGUAUAAAGACUGGAGGGACAUCAAAAGAAGAAAAAAACGUGUGAAUGAAAAUUUCCCAAGAAAUGUUGGGUCUUAUGGUGGGAACAUCUUUGAAUUUUUUACACUGAUUGGCAUGGUCAACUAGGAUUAAAAACUUUGAUUAGAGCAAUGAUUUACACAAUACAUUGUUAUUACUUGAGGCUUGCCAAAUAUAAUGAAUGACUUGUAAAUAUUGUUAUAUAUUUUUUUUAGAUAGCAACUUUUUUAUUGUUAAUACUAUACCAUAAUAUGUAGUUAACAAGUUUGUUGAAGAACAAUUUGUAUAGUAUUUUAUUUGUUUUUUUUAAUUGUAUAUUUAGAAUUAUGAUGCUGUACUUAAGUACCAAAAAUAAAAUGUAAUACAGCAA